CUUACUCGCUACUUACUGCGCAAGUCUGCAGGAAUGAGCGAAGCCUCUGCAGUUUCUAGCCCAAAUGAACAGCACAACUAUGCAUGCUUGCAAAUAAUGCUAAUCAUCAGUGGAUCAAGUAUCGGUGUAAACGCAAAAAAAGAAAAUGCGAGGGCAUGACUUGCGGGUUUCUGGUCUAUAAAAGUGACGUUUACUAGUUAACAAGUUUUAAAGCAACUGAAGAAUAGGGAAGCGAUAAAUAUUUAAUAAUAGCACUCGUAGCGAGGGCUAGCAGUGUUCAAAUGCCAAGUAUUACUACAACAAAACUGACUGAGAGACGGAAGGCUAAAUGUUGUUUCUGAUCUUCGUAUGGGCGAUCAAUUUUCUUCAACCUGCACCAGUACGAUGUGUUUUGCAGAAAAGACUAGAAAAAUCUUGGGAAAAUGGAGUGUGUUACAGAGAGCAAGAUCAAGGACCGUGUAAACCAAACAGCGAUGAACCACGGUUGUUCCGAUGGGAUCCCGUGAGGGUAUGUAUGUUUGUUAGUAAGAUUAACUCGCUCGUGGUUUGGUUGUUCUGAACGUAUGGCGGCUACCUAAAUUAACGCAAAACUCAAGACAUUUUUUCUUAUACGAAAAAGAUGAAGAAAAACAAAAGUUGCUAAACGGAAAUGACCUGUCCGGUGCUGCUUUCCUUGGAAUAGCGGUUUUAUUCAGAGACGCGACACUUUACAUAAAAAGAGUUGCGUAGGUAAACUACCGGGAAUAACUUCAAGUCUGUGCAACUAGAGGAAGAGAAAGCAUUUUGGAUCUAAAAUGACAAUAGUCUCGAGACAUACAAAUCACCAUAUGUUCAUUUUAUUAACUCAACCACGUGGGAUCCACAUCAUAAAUCGGUAACUCGGCACUCAUAAUAAUGUCCGCACUGAAUCUCGCUCAGAAAGUGAUUAACCUCUUUAUCAAUCGAUUGGAGAUACAGCUCUUCGUUCUGUUGUACUCAAUAUAGAGUUUCAGAGUGCCCCUCUAGUGUUAUUUUAUGUUUGAAAUUAUCAAUAAAAGAUAUAUUAUGUGCGAUUUGUCGAAGGCAGUCCAAUACGAUAAAUCCUUUCAGGGGUAUAGAAUGGCUGCUCCAAAUAUGUGGGUCGCGGAAAGCCCGCUCUUGAAACCUCCAACGCCGGUUUCAGAUGGGUCUCGAAGUCUGGUUUCGGGUAAUUUUGAGUCUCGGAUUCUCGAUUUUGUUUCAAGAAUUUUGAAACUGGGGUCUCGCAGUCUCGCAAGGUCUCGAAUUUACCAUUCUAUACCCCUCCUUUUGAUUGGCAAAUUCGUUCGUUGUUGACUGUACCCAAGAGGCCUUUAGUUUAUUUACCAAAAGUUAACAUUCAUUUAAAAAAUUUUCAUUAAUUUUUCCGAUUCGAUUGUGAGUACAAUCGAUGUUCGCCAACGAUUUGACAUUAGAAAACUGCAAAACUUAAAAGCAGGCGAAGUUCAUAUCAUGAAGGUACCUGUCGAAACAGAAUAAAUAAUGGUACCUGUGAAAUGCUGACCAUUUACAUAAAAUGGUGGUAAAAUACAGCAGCUGUGAGUGUUAUGUCCAUUUCGAUCUGCCCGCGAUCUAUUUUGUGGUUAAAACAUUAUAUGGCGGUGUAAGUUAUAAGCAAUAAUCGCUUGCUUAUAAAUGCAAAGUAAUCAUAAAAAUUAGCAAUAGAAUGCUACUGUAAUAGAGACCUUUAGAUUCUAGGACGUGAACGAGUACUAUAUUUGACUUAAAGUUUUUUGGCGUAUUCUUCAGUUAUGGACACCCCGGAAAGCUUCAUUGCACUACUUUUUCACCAAAGAAAUUAACAUUGUUACCCUUACUGAAGGAGCUUAAGCCAUCCCGUAGCCUCAAAAUGAUAAAACCUCUAACACUUUUUAACUUUUUUCCGUUACCACGACAUUCUCGCUAAAACUCGUAGUAGAAUGACGACGGUAAUCAUGUUUUCCAGCCAAAAUGACGCUGGCUCACGCGGAAGCCCUAGUUUGCUAGUAUUGAGAAAAUCUCCGGUAAUCGUACGUAGUAGUAUUCGGCUCACAAUCUAAAGCUCUCCAAUAUAAUGUUGGCACAAAACGAUUAAACAUUGGAACAAGGCGCAGAGGCUACUACUAUGUUUUACUCAUCAGUGCCAGACUCCUGUUUGUACUUAUCCUUAUUAAGCUUUCGCGAAUUCUGCUUGCAUUCUGCCAAAACUCGAGUUUUUCAUGACCAAUGAUUACGUUAUACGGUUAGCGUGUGCGCAGCGGCAAAAAGUUACCUCGAAACUUGUAUCACCGUCAUGUAGCCCCACAAUGAGCGAGGGCAGUACUCACCUAUUUUACGUUUUCUUUUUUCGUAGAAAGGUCACGUGAGAGAAUUAGAAUUAGAACCAGGAAAAAAGUUUAAAAUGAUAACACUCGCCUCCAAACCUCCGUUAUUUGGUAAGUCCUUUUAGGCUAAAACCAGAACCCAAAACUUCCAAUAUUUUAGAACUCUUAGUUUGUAAAUAAAGCUUGACUGUGUCUUCUUUUAAAAGUAAUGUCCUGGUUGCUUGGCCAUUCAUUGCAAGGUUUUCGCCGGUGUUGGGUCACCAGUACUCUUAUACAAGGGCACACAGCGAAAAAAAUGCGGGCAAAACUUCUGUGUAAGAAAACAAGUGAUGGCGAACACAUCCCGGGACCUGGUGACUUUCACUUACUUUACAAUUCCCACUUGCCCAUCCACUCCAUCUGUAAUAUAUCGCAUUGUCUUGACGUUUGAAAGGCAAAAUAGGACAAAAACGAGCUCUAAGAGUUCAGCUGCCGAAACUAUUAUAAAGAUCCACUUGAAUAAAUAGAAAAAAAACUAAUGAAUGAAAGGAGCUAAACUGACUGAAACACUACCUGGCUGCGGGAACAUAACUGAGUUCAAAAUAUCUAUCAGUUUUUUUUUUGGUCCAUCAGGCCAACCGGACUAGGUUUCUCUGAGCCAAGUGAGUUUCAUAAACCGAUAAUUAUAUCGGGCUAUACACUGAAGAAUAUUUCCAUUAACAUAAAUACUACCAAAAAGACGAGACAUGACAUGUCACUUUUGUUUUCUUUUGGUUAGAAAUUCCAGAUUUUCUGAGCGAGAACGAAUGCAAUCACAUCAUCAGUUUAGCUGAAAGGGUUGGUCUCCGUGGAAGUGAUGUACAUCUUGACGAGGAGCUUAACCAGCGAAAAGAAUUUUUGCAAGGUAUGCCGAUGAAGGGUUGUCCAACGGCCAAACGCCGAACUUUUCAUGAGACGAACCAAACUUGUGUGUUAAAUUCAUGAAAAGUUCGACGUCUGGCUCAGUUGAGUUCGUCUAAAAAUGAGUUUGGGUCAACAGUUCAACACGCUCUAUCCGUGUGCUAAUCAGACGGAUAGAACGUCUGUAGGUCUUCUCCGGAACAAACGUUACGUUGAUCUUCAUAUGCGACGAACUAAACAAAUAAAUUUGAUAUUUGUAUCAUACUGUAUUAUAUACUUAGCCUUGUUCGGGAGUAAAUUGUUUAAAACUGCUUUUCGUUACGAUUUAGUUUAUUGGCUAUACGGGUCCUAAGUUCGACGUCUGACCCAACAGACGACCGCAACUUAAUUAUAAUUAAAAGUUAGAUCGACCCGAAUUAGAGCUUGGUUCGUCUCAUGAAAAGUUUGACGUUUGGCCUCGGCCUUACUUAGUUACCGUUAAACGCGUAUUGUUCACGUUUGGACUGCCGUAAACGGGCAUGUUUGUUUGCGUUUACACUAGCUUAAAAGGGACUCGAAAUUCGACAGAACGUUGGUUUAACUGUAGUUGUUACGCACUCAUGGUAAUUUCUCACACUCUUUUCUAACUCUUGAUGUUCGAUCCAAGGCGUGCAAAUUACCACAGCAAAUUCUGUAAAUUAGUCCCAUAGUGCAAUUCGACACAACACCGACUCAGUCUAAAAUAUGUAUGUGGUAAUGUAUCGUUUAAGACUGGAUUUUUAACUAGUUCUUAACAACUCUUUCUUCAGGACAAGCCAGUGGUAAAGCUGGAUCCUUCCAUUACUGGGACAAAAACGGAGAUGGUGUCAUCACUAGAGAUGAAGUAUUUUAUGUUUCAAACGUAUAGAAAACUGACAGAUACAUCUUAAUAUUUUCUUGAAAACAGCAGAGUAGUCUUAGUCGCGCCAUUUUUGAGGCACAAAAGAGGCUUUAUGAAGCUGAAAACGUUUCAGUGACGUGAGCAUUAAAGCAGAUACAAGCAAGUCUCUUGAGUACGCUUUUAAAUUUAUUUAUACAAAAUUCCUCUAACUAUUUACCCUAUUCAAUUUUUCUACCAUGUUAGGUUAUUGAAUUUGCUGAGGGUUUUAAAUUUCUUUAUCUCGACCCGACGGAGGUAGAUGACAUGUGAGUACGUAUUUCUUUUGACAAGAACAAUUCUUAGAGCGGCUGAAUUUGUCUGCGGUAUCUAAGAGCAAAUGUUGGUCUAUAUUUGCAUUUUAGGAUAAGCAAGCUUAACAUAGAGGAGUUUGAUGACGGUAAGAGAAGCAUAUUAAUUUGUCGGAUUAUCUUCACUGUAAUUUUCAGCGAGUUAUAAUAACUCCUCUAGUGGGGCUAAUUUAACUCCUUACAGUGGAGUUAUUUUUCGUGGAGUUACUUUAACUCCAAAAACGAGUUUGAAAGAACUCUUUUUCAGGAGUAAAAGUGACCCCAGAUAUUGAGGAGUUAAAAUAACCCCAAAAAAGGAGUUAUCCUGUACCUAAAAUUUUUACUCCACUUUCAGAGUUAAAUUAACUCCAAAAAGAGUAAAAACAACCCAUGUAAGGGGUACAAGUAACCCCAUUUCGGAGUAAUUUUAACUCCAGACUAGGAGUAAAAAGAACUGUUUUUCAGGAGUAAAAAUGACCCCAAAUUCGGAGUUAAAUUAGGAGUUAAAAUAACCCCAAAAAAGGGGUUAUCCUGUACCUAAAAUUUUUACUCCAUUUUUGGAGUUAUAAUAACUCCCUAAAAAUUACGGUGUUGUGAAAGUCUUCCUAGAGUCCGUUUAAGACUCCGACUUCUUAAGUCCAUCUCUUUCCCUGGCAUUUAGAUCCUUAAGAUAUUUUGACUGCUUAAGUAUUCUCCUUAGAAAAUUCUCAGAGGUAUUUAGUAACUGCGUGGACUGAUAUAGCUACUCAAGAAACAGAAAUGUACAGAGGAGAUUUAUUUUGGGCGUGGACAUUGUGAAAACGUUGAAUGAAGUCGUAACGGGGUUUAUCUGGAAGGUGUACGAAACGGACAUUCUAAUAUUUUUAUUGAACUUUUUGCAGAUCAAGUAACACAAGAGGAGUUUAAAACACUAUCUACUGCUGCCAUGGAUCAAUACAUGAAUAACAUAAAAGAAACGCACCCAGCACAUAGAGAGAGGUUUAGUAACCAGGCCUGGUUGUUACAAGGGAAGUUUGCUGAUGACGUAUUACGACGUUUAAGGAAGAGGUAAGCUCGCCUGGCUGUUAAAACAGAUUUUCAACGGUACAAUUGAGGCCAACUGCUUACUCCACCGCAACCCCCUCGUCAAGCCAGAGCCACCAUCAGUGAUUUAAAGGGGCUGUGCCACGGUAGUCCAGUUCAUUUUGUUUACUUGCCAAUUACUCUACCUCAAUCGCUAUGGAAUUACAGGCAAAUAACAAAAUCAGAGAUCCGAGACAAACAAAUAUGUCUUGAAGUUGCAAACAGCAGGGAUCAACUUUGAAAACCUGUUAGGCUGAACAGUUUUCAAAAAACCUAAUUUCAAUCCGUUUCAAUCUUCUUCAGUUUUGCUCAUCCGUGGCAUCUGUUGUUUCUGUUUUGUUACUUUAACCUUCCUUUAAAGUUUUAAGCGGUUAUUUUUAUGUUUCUCUUAAUUUAACGGGCAUUUUGUAAUUUCCUAAUUUGGCUGAAUUUCGUGACACAGCUCCUUUAAAUAAUUCAAGUACAUGCUUUACUUUCUUUUAACAGAAUCACUAAGCUGACAAGACUUUCAGAUCGAACAAUUCGCGGUGGUGAACCUCUCCAGGUAUAAAUAUCUAUUCUUAUGUUAGCAAUUAAUUAUAUUAGCAAUUUAUACUGAUUAAAAGGAUAAUAACCUCGACAGCCAAACUCAUGGCUGUUGUAAUCUUUUUAAUAAAAGUGAACGUAGUCUGCCAAUUGUUGAAAAUUGACUAAAAAAAAAAAGGAUUGUUGCAAACUCUGUGGAGAAGUUCAUUCGACCCUUAGUGGAUAUUCUUUCUUCGAUCUGCCCUUCACUCACCUUGCUUAACCAAUAGGUGCCAUUUUGAGUCAUAUGUUUUUCGGAUUUCACCCUACUUACCAGGUGGUGAAGUAUGAUAGAAAUGGUCAUUACAAUGCGCACUACGACAGUCAGCAAGUGGGGAACAUAUCGCAUAUAAAGUGCUGUCAUUUGGACCUAUCUCUAUUGCCAAAUUGCAGAGUUUGCAGGUAAACCUGUUUCGUUAGCUUUUAAUAGCUUCUGUGAAUUUUCACUCAAUUCUGGCUAAAUUCCAAGUGACUGAAACAAAACAUAACUGAAGAGGAGAGAUUUCGAAAUAAACUGUGGACUGGGAGAAUCUCCACCUACCUCUCCCAUAACCCAACAUUUUACUUUAGGUGAUAGGUUAGUGUUAAUUUUGGGUUGGGGGAAGGGUAGGUCGGGAGAUUUCCUGAACCAUAACGAUCUAAACAUCUCCAAUUGCACCAUGCACCUCACACACAUCUUCUUCCUGUGCAACCGAGUGUUGAGUUUGCAGUUUAAAAGGAAAUCAUUUAGUAAUACAUUUUUUUCCUUUUCAGAUAUGCUACUAUCCUGUAUUAUCUAAAUGACAUUGAAGAUGGAGGAGAAACAGCUUUCCCUGUGGUGGAUAAUGCCACUUUUGAUAAACAGGUUUAACAUAAAUACAUGUAAAAAUCAAGUACCCUAUAACCUUUAUUUGCCUGUGGAAUGCCUCGUAAAAUGCUGAUCGCGCUUAAGCUUGUUUCCCGCUUGCAACGAUGCAUGCAAUGAGACGCAUAAUUAUGUGACACACUUAAGCAAUACCAUGACCAGCCGUCUCUGUUUUGAAAAUGAAGUAAAAGUAAUUGUUAUAUUCCUAGAAUUUCACUCAACUAAACAGGGACUGCCAUUGGUUGAUUCUUGGUCACGUGGCCUUGACUAAAAUCAAAUGUAUCCCGAUCGUGAUACACAAUGUAUCCCGCUCGGGAUACAUUGCAGCACGUGAUCAAAGCAUGGUGGAAAGUGGCGUGACAGAAGGCAGGAAAAACACCGCCAGGUCCUGCCGGUUUUCUUUUUCGUGAAUGAACACAACAACACAAUCACGAAGCCUCAAGCUAAAAAGCAACCAUUUUUAAAGUUAUCAAAGAAGUUCCCAGUCGAACAAAAACAGCAGCUAGUGGAGGAAAAAGAUGCAGAUGAUAUAAGGAAAGUACUUUUGUUUGUAAAUCAUUCAUUCAGUGGUUUUGAGAAUUAAAUUUGUGUUGUUAUAAGUACCGAGUCGACUGUUUUGGUUCGUUUUGGUUCGCUCCGGUUAUUCUUUUGUUGCUGUUGAAGUGAAAGUUCUAGAAAUAAAACAAAACACUUAAUGUCAGAUCCCUCGGGAAACCAGUUAGUUUUGUUUUCCCUCGAGUCCUGAUGUUUCCCUCGGUCCGUGUGGUUUUCGUCCAUUUGAUUUUGAUUCCAAAUUGAAAAUUGAAAAUCAAAAAUUCACGAUCGUGAUUUUCAAUAUUUGAUUCCUCAAGAAUUGAAAAUCACAAAUUUAAAAUCUCAAUUGUCAAUUUUUGUUUCUAAGAAACAUAAAACUGAAAAACAAUUUUCAAUGUUUUGAAAAUCAAAAAUUGAAAAUUGAAAAUGGUUAGUUGGUGGAUUAUAAUUCUUGUUUUUAAGGAAAAGGAAAACUAAACGAUAAUCUUCAAUUUUGAGAUUUUUGCUUGGUACCGAAGUUAAAAUUGUAUUUUCAAUUUUCUAUUCCAUAGAUUCCAGCUUAUUAAAAAUUCAAACUUGACAAAGCUAUUCAUGUGUAACGAAACUGCGGGAAACAGUAUCAAUGAUGAUGAAAUCCGAAAUGUAAAUCGUUUUUUGAUUUUCGUAGUCGAGAAAAACAAAAAUUGAAAACAGACCAUAUAUAACUGUGACGGGUGGGGGAGGGUAAAACCGGAAGUGGCACGACUGCAAACAAGAUGGCGGUCGUCUUGUAGUGAAGGAGUGUUCUUUGUUUUCGUCGAGCCGUCUCUGGGGGAAAUGUAACGCCAACAGCAAUCUAAAGCUUGCUGAGACGUUUUCAAAGAAAUGAUCUGCAUGUUCUUUCAUUGAUAAGUAUGCUUUUGUUGUAACCUUGCAGCAUUAUACGUACGCAACGCAGCCGGAUAGAGCGUUCCAGAUCGGCUGCGAACUGUAAACCGAGGCCGUACUGCGGACUGCGGACUACGGACCACGGACUGCGGACUGGGUAUAUAUAAAAUACGGACCAGGUAUAAAAUGCGAACUACGUGCUAUUUUUUUAGUCUGAUAGUAUUGUCACUCGACCCUAACCAUGUAUAACUCCUUUCACGUUGUUGUUAAAUUGAAGGAAUUUUCGCUCUAACAAGAAAAUCUUUUAAGAUAAGAACCAAUGGGGGGCGUGGGGAUAUAUUUGCGCGAGUGUGUUUUUGCUCGUAAUAAGGUGCAAGUGUUUCAUUAGAAUCUUUUUGAGAUUUUGGGUUUAUUUGAUAAAGCCGCUUUGCGCGAUUCGAAGCGCAGUUCGGCUAGGAUUGUUUCCACAAGGUCGUGAGGGUAGCCUCGUUCUGUAAGGCGAGUUAAAAACUCUUUCUUCUUUAACUCCAGUUAUCGGGAAUUAUUCCUUAACCGAGUUCGUUUUGAGUAAGUGCAAGGCUAUUCCGUAUACGAAGCCCUUUUUAACGAUGACAGGGUAAAAUAAGGAGAAAUUCGCAUCUUAAAACGUUUCUGUCGGCUUAAAUAAUGUGUUUGAAUCGAAUGAAUCUUGAUCCUUUAAAAACUUCAGUGGUCAAGGAAAACAAUUUGUUUUGAUGACAGUUCGUCAGUGUAAAUUUUAUUGUUGUGUGGAAAGAGUUCGCGAAAUCAAUAAAGUUGUUGAUUUCGGACUCAGAAAGAGUCCACACUGAGAAUGUGUCAUCAAUAAAUUUCUUCCAGCCGGAGAAAUGGCUGUAAGGGCUCGCAUGUAGUAGUUGUUUCUCAACGUGAGCCAUGAAAAUGACCGAGAAAGCAACCGCGAUUUUGGUGGCCAUUGUAAUGCCGUGAGUCUGUACGUAGUGUUUGUCGGUGAAUUUGACUUAGUUUUCUGUUAAGAUCACCCGCAUUAAGUCUCCCAAAUAUGAAGUAAGGAUAGGUAACUUUGACUGAUAAUGUUCUUCGUAAUGGUGACAGACGAUGUCGAUUCCCUCUUCCUGGAAAAUGCUAGGGCAGAGACAACACACGUUUAGCGUAGCUUAAAUUGCUUCAUCUGGAAGAGGCGUGUUUUCAAUGAUAUCACUUUUGUGUGCAGUGUCUUCGACGUAAGAAUCUUGUUUUUGCGCGAUUGGCCUGGUUAAAUCGAGUCCACAAAACUAGAAAUGUGUUCUUUGGGACCACCGCUACCAGAGACGAUUGGUCUGCCGGCAGGAAUAGUUUUAUGUGUUUGGUCAGCGUGUAAAACACUGGUAUUCUUGGUGAUUUUGGCCAAAACUGAGCCACUUGUAAGUCAUUUGAGCAAUAUGCUCGUUUGUGAACAGAGCGUUUAUAGUUGAUAUCUCUUUUGUGGCUGUUUCGGAUACAAUCGGUUAAUGUUCAUCUUAGAUUUCCAAAACCGGUCCUGCUAUUAAAGUUUAUUUAAACAGUUCUUAUCAAGACUCUGCGGCUACCAUUGAUUGCUAAAGCCUAAAUCCCUUCACUUUAACAACAACAAAGGAGUUAUACACGGUUAGGGUCGAGUGACAAAAGUUCGUUUACGCAACAGGACGACAGAAAGAAGAGGACGGCAAAAGGAUUGUGUGUGACAAACUUGACAGGGCUAUAAAUUGCGUGUUUUUCGUGACCUUCACUUCACAUUACUGUUUUUUGGUCUUUCACUCUGUUUAAAGGAAGGUGAUGUUUGUGGGAAAGUUUUUUCAAACAAAAUUAUUGUCACUCUUAUCACACAAGGUUUGACGUCUUCUUUCCUCUCCCGUCCUGUUGCGUAAGUUGACUAAUUACCAUUACACUAAGACAUAAUACGUGGUUCGCAUUUUAUAACUGGUCCGUGUUUUACAUAUACCCAGUCCGCUGUCCGCAGUCCGCAGUCCGCAGUCCACAGUCCGCAGUCCACAGUCGGCGGUCUCUCUUUUAUACGGCCCGAUCUGAAACGCUUUACCCUGCGUAGAGUAAUGCUGCAAGGUUACAACGAAAGCAUAUUUAUCAGUGAAAAAAUAUUCAGCUUAAUUCUUUGAAAACGUGUCGGCCAUGAUACAGGCAGGCUUUGGCUUCCUGUUGGCGUAACAUUUCCGCUAGAGACAGCUUGACGAAGACACGCAACACGAAACACUCCUUCACUGCAAGGCGACCGCCAUCUUGUUUGCAGUGGCGCCACUUCCGCUUUUAUCCUCCCCUCCCAUCACAGGUAUUUUUAGUCGGUUGGCAAUUUUUGUUUUUCAUAAAUAGGAAAAUCAAAAAACGAUUUUCAUUUUGGAUUUCACCAGCAUUAAUUCUUCUUUACACAUGAAAUUGCUUUGUCAAGUUUGAAUUUUUAAUAAGCUUGAAUUUAGGGAAUAGGAAAUUGAAAAUAUAAUUUUAACUUCGGUACCAAGCAAAAAUCUCAAAAUUGAAGAUUAUCGUUUAGUUUUCCUUUUCCUUAAAAACAAGAAAUAAAAACCACCAACUGACCAUUUUCAAUUUUCAAUUUUUGAUUUUCAAAACAUUGAAAAUUGUUUUUCAAUUUUAUGUUUCUUAGAAACAAAAAUUGACGAUUGAGAUUGUAAAUUUGUGAUUUUCAAUUCUUGAGGAAUCAAACAUUGAAAAUCACGAUUGGGAAUUUUUGAUUUUCAAUUUUCAGUUUGGAAUCAAAAUCAAAUGGACGAAAACCACACGGACCUCCCUCGACUUCGUCUCGGGAAACAUCAGGACUCUCGGGAAAACAAAACUAACUGUUUCCCUUGGGAUCUGACAUUAAGUGUAUAAAAUACCCAUGACAGAAAGGGUAGACUUUACUCACAGUAGAAAUCCCGUUACAUGAACCAAACAAACAUCUUUAGAGAGUCUCAAGUUAAUAUAGUCACGACUGCGAGAUCAAAUAGAACUUAAGGGAUCGACAAUGAGAUUUCUCAUAUUACGAUUACGAUACAGAUGUUCAGUGCUAGAGAUAGCCUGUGCAGCUGUUGUGCAGCUGGCGGUAUUGUGUGAUUAAAGUUUUGGCGGCGGAGCCGCGAUCCAAAAAAAGGAGUGGGGACGAGGCGUUUGGUAUUUCUCGCAAAUCUCUCUCGACUAGUACACAAUACCGCCAGCUACGCAGGCUAUGCUAGAGAUUUUUAUCUUGUCAACAAGAUCAUUUCUGUUUUUGGAGCAAGAAAUUUUUUUCGGCUCCCCAAUUCUUAGUAAUCGUCUGCAUUACUUUUUUGCAAAUGCAUCUUGAUGGAAACUUAACCUGAACUACCAUCAAUUUGAAAUUUAAACAGUUUUCUCAGGCGAACAAACGAGGUCAGACACCCUUAUUGAGAAACUGACUGCUGUGAUUAGCUGAUUUUGUAAUUGGUUAGCCCGAAGUCGGGUUUCCUGUACUGUUAGAAACCAAUAACCCCAUAAUCGCAUGACCUUUCUUUGGAGCUCCGUUUUUCAAACGAUAAGGUGUUCUAUGACUUUGUGGAUCAUCUUUCUCUUAUUUGCCAGACAUACAUCGAUUCCCUGAAAGAGGACAAGUUCAAUCUAAUGCAGUACUGUCAUGAUGGAAACUUAGUUGUAGCACCGAAGCGAGGCAAAGCGAUCAUGUGGUACAAUCACUUUGUGGACGAAGAGACCGGCUGGAUGGGUGAAAUGGACGAAUACUCCCUGCAUGGCGGCUGUGGGGUGUGGUCUGGAGUCAAAUGGAUCGCCAACAAUUGGAUUACUUCUGCUGAUGCAUUGUGGGCUCACUUAAAAAGUGAUCACGAUGUCGAUUAA